GACAUUCUCCAUUUUUCAAACUUGAGCAGACUUAAAUUUGUUUUUGAUCGUUUUGUUUGUUUUGCUUUCUUUUUUAUUUCAUGAAUCUUUUAUCGGAAAGUGUCAGUCCCUUACUGACAAAAGAAAAACUAGAAUUACUGAAAUCCCAUAAAAUUUUAACUACUCUUGAUUUUGUGCAGUACAACAAUGACAAAAUGGCUAAAUUGAUUGUUCAAAAUGUCAGUGAAAUUAUCAAAAUCAAAGAUAAAAUCUUAGCUUCCAACAACAGCAAACCCAUGAGAGGAGACAAACUGUAUGACAUGAUGUUGAAGAGAACAGUUGUUAUUCAUAGUGGAAUUGAGAUUGUUGAUCGAAUGUUCCAUGGAGGAAUUCCAAGUGGGAGACUGGUAGAAGUUUAUGGAGAUUCUGGUUCUGGAAAGACUCAAUUAGCCUUACACUUGACAGCAAAUACUGCUCUAAAGUUACAGUAUGAAGUCUGUUACAUCACUACUGGUGAUGCAAAUCCUAAGCGAAUCCUAGAUAUCAUGCAAAAUUUAGACAAAGAUGGUGAUUAUGUGAAGAGUUUAGAAAGGAUUACAUUCUGCCACAUACAUGAUGUCUAUCAACUGUUGGAACUGCUGUGGACUCCAGAAAUGAAAAGAUACAAACUUGUCAUCAUUGACAGUCUAGCCACUUUAUUCUUACCCAUACGUGGGGACGCAUUUAACGACUCCAUCAGUUUACUGAACAAAGUGGCCAGUGAUUUGAAACGACUGGCUGUGGUGCAUCAAUGUGUCGUUCUUGUUGUCAAUCACGUCUCCAGGUGGUCACGGGAAGGAACAACGGAAGCGCAAGGAGCAACUUUGCCGACGCCAUUCCUCGGCCGUUACUGGUGCAGUGUACCUUCCUUGAGGCUGUACAGCAAACACCUGAGCAACAACCAAUUCGAAUUAACUGUCGUGAAAAACGUUUAUAGUGCUGAACCCGGUCCCAAAUGUUCCUUUAGUUACUUUUUUGGAAACGGAGAUACUCACCACGGGCAAGUCUAAUUUCUGAUGAUCGUAUUACACUGUAACCAGUCCUUGUGUGCUGAUACCUAGAAGUCAAAUACACAAAUGAGUAUCCUUUUGUAGUUAAA